UUCUGAACGGUAAUUAAAGAUCAUUUCACCUCACGUUACAUGAGAAACGGACGGCCGGUCGUACUGAGCAGUCAUGACCAUUUGUUUUUGUUAAAAUAGUAACCUCUUGUUGUUCAUCAUAUGCCUCUUUAAAAUGAAAGAACAGUGCGGCGGCUUGAUGACAUUUAGCUUGUCAGCAAUGUUGACAGGUUAAAUGUUAAUGCAGAAAUUCCAAUCUAUACGACAGCUUCUUAAUGUUAAAGAUAACAUUCAUAUAGCCAGAUAGAACUCGCAUUCGGUCUCACGUGCACCUCCCACCAAAAUUAAGUGGAUUAAGAGAGACAGGGAUUGCGCAACUGAGAGCUGUUUGUGUGAUUUCAAACCGAAGCCACGGAGAAGUCCACACUGCAGGAAAAACAGGCUCCAUACAAGGUUACAGGAAAUGCAGGCAUCCCGUGCAAACAUACACAAACCUCACGUUUCCGCGCUUGACGACAACGUGCAACACGGUGUAGUCCUGAAGACCUGAUGCCUGUUCAUAAUUCAAAUGCCUCGAUUUUAAACGUGCACAUCUACUGUUUCCGUGCAUGAAUAUAAACUUGGCUUAAAAGCCAAACCAACGAGGGACUAGAGCGCGAAGCAAUGCGCGGAUAUAUUUUAGACUUACCCUGUAGGCUAUAUAUACAAAACGAACCGUUAAAUAAUAGCACCGUUGACUCUUGAAGCCAGAAAAAAAAAACCUUCAUAUUGAAACGGCGUUUCAAUUAAGCAGAAUCCAGAUAAUUUUGUUUGCAAUAUCGCUUUGUGAGUAUGUUGUUUUGUUAUUAAAAAGAUUAAUGAGCAUUGCAGUGUAAUUAACUACGAGUUAUUUAUAAACAUCUGCAUACAGCCGAAUCCAAAUAUUACACUUGUCAAAAACCAAUUCAUAAAAUUUCACCAAGACUUGAAAUCAAUAUUGUGUUAGCUGUUCUGUUGAGAUUCAUACGAACUAAAUACGUGUACAGUGGCACGCAAUGUCAAAAGUAUAGGGGUACUCUUCAAAAUAGGCUACCUGUUACAGGUAUAGAUGGAGGUUUCAAACAUGCGUCUCGUGCACUAGAAUGGUCAUCGUAUGCUAGCGAACAUACCCAUGUGCAUUAAUGCGUCUCAAUUGCUUGUAAGCACAUCUGCAACUGCGCCAGGAUGGAGAGAUCUCAGCGCUGGAGAUGACGCAAAUGACCCAGCUCCCCCAAAAAGUGUUUCAAGACGAACAUGGCGGCAACUUAACGCAGGACCAGGAUGACCGCGGCUAUCAAAAGAAAAGAUCCGAGGCAUUUUGCCCAGACACGGGGGAGAAAAUCAGGCUGUGACAACAGUACCUUGUUUUUCUCGAUUGAAUAAAACCCACGGACAGGCGGUUUGUGGUAUAGCUGGUGUUCGGAGAGGGGGAGAGCUCAGCCCCGCGGAGAGGAAGGGAGAGAGGCAUGUUGUCACAGGGAGCUGGGAUUUUUCUCCGGAGAGUCAUGGAGACCGUGGAUAUGACAAUGCUUGGCUUAAUCUCCUUGAACGAACUAAUUGGAUGUGAAUAGCAGAUCGUAGCAUCGCUAGAAGUGAAGCAGGACCGCUUCCAAUCCAACAUUUAAGAGGGGAAUAACACAAGACAAUCCCGAAGUCAAUGAAUAUUGUGGCAAAGGAGCCCUCACGGUGGAGUCGGCCGGUGUUGCGCUUUCCCAAAAUAUGACCAGGGGCGCUUGGAUGUGUCGACAGCAAGAUGACGGCUUAAAAAUCUGGUGUGCACCCCGAGAGAACGAAAAGCCAUUUACCGAUUCGGAGAGGGCCCAGAAAUGGCGACUGUCCUUGGCAUCGCUCUUGUUUUUAACCGUUCUGCUCUCUGAUCACUUGUGGUUUUGCGCCGAGGCUAAAUUGACGCGAACCCGAGACAAGCGGCUGGACAAGUUAGCAUUCACGGACAUGGACGAUUACCAAACCGCGAACCAUAUACCUUCAUCCAGCCUUCAUCCCCCACACAGCAGCCUCAGAAAAAAGGGAAAUGCUAUUUUUAUAGGAAAUUCUACCGAGCGUUUGUGGCGACUAGAAACUUGUCAUCCCGAUAGUUUAUCUAAAGACUGUUUUACUUUUGACGACGCUGAAACAGUUUGCAGGGGCCUUUCUGAGAUGGCGGGGAGGCAGUCGGCAGAGUUGAAUUUAAGCGAUUUUUAUCUUUCUUUUUGUAAUUCCUAUUCUCUUUUGGAUUUGUUUUACGGGUUAUCCAGUCCGGAGAAUUUGAACUGCAGCCUGGACGUGUUUAUGGAUGGCAAUCUUCUGGGUUGCAGUCAGUGCGUCCAAGCGUACCAACGCUAUGACCAGUAUGCUCAGGAGAGAUAUGAAGAGUUUGAGAUUAUGAUUCAGAAAUAUGAAACGGAUGCAUAUUCGGUGAGAACAUGCAUGGAAGAGUGCAAGGCCGUGUAUAAACCGUGGGUGUGUGCACAGCACUUCCGCACGACACAGAUGCACUGCAGCAACAAGAUCCCGUGCAAGCAAUACUGCCUGGAGGUCCAGCAGAGGUGCCCCUUCAUCCUGCCGGACAACGAUGACCUCAUUCAAGGAGGAAGUCCCAGUUUCAUCUGUACAGGGCUUUCAGAAAUCCACGCGGCUGAGGUGGAGACGGAAUGCUGCGACGUCCGGUGGAGCCUCAAGCCGGACAGCCGGAGUCCCGGGGCGGGGGCGCUAAAGAGGACUCACCCCUCCUGCCUCCACCGGACGUCCGUCAGCACCUCGGGCGCGAGCCGCCUGUGCAGCAGCAGACUCAAGCUGUGCGUGCUGGUCCUGGUCCUCCUACACACUGUGGUCAUUUUGAGCGCCGCGCACAACUCCACAGGGCUGGACCUGGGACCCCUUUCCCCUAUGGAGGAGGCCUCCCCCAGUGAGGAGUGAGGGGGGAACCCCCCCCCUUCCGCCCCCACCCACCCCCAGCCCCCAGCACCCCACCCCCCUCCCCCCCAAGAGCCAUUUAAAGCCCGCCGCCCCGCCGCGAACCCUGCGUGACGCCCGCACAGCCUUCUGGGUAACGAACGGGGAGGGAAAACGGGAGACAGACACAAAGACAUGCAAACGAAAACGAACAACACGCCAUCGCUGCCCCUGUGGAGUGUAAACAAAAAAGGCUUCUCUAGAACCGAGUUCUCUCACAGCAUUUUUCUAUAUUGCGUUUGACAGUUUGGAUUUAUUUUGCACUAGAUUGCUACAGGAUUUUUUUAUUUAAAGAAAAAAAAAUACACUUAUAUCUUUGCUUGUUCUGUUUGUUAUAAAGUCUUUGGGUAAGAGGGUGGUUUUGGGAUAUGAUUGAGGAAGCCAACGUACACCUGCAAACAAAUGUCUGUAUGUGUUUGUAUAUCCCCAUGUGUCCUUUUUUCUUGUUUUUAUCAUGUGAAAGCUCACACACACGCACACACACACACACACAGAAAGAGAGAGAGAGAGAGAAAGAGUUAAAUGUUUGAAUGUUUCAUAUAACACUGACAUACAACCAACUCAAGCACAUCCUAUUGACAUCCUCUGUGACCUUGAUUUCUGCAUGUACGGUUAUUAUGACAUCACUUCUUGUGGAACCAAACACUGCAGGAAAUGAGGGGUAAACAGAGACUGGUGGAUGAUGGGAGCCAGUCACAAAUAAAUACCAGACAUUGUCCACGUCCAGUUUGACAAGCGCUUGAAAAAGAAACCCCUUUUCAAUCAAGAACUUUUUUUUAAUCUUAUUUGUUUUCUCUCGCAUGUUUGCAUUUGAAGGUCCCAAUAGCGUAUCCAGCCAUUAGUCCUAACCCAGUUUACUUCCAUAUGAGAAUAAAAUGGGAGAAUUCUCAGUCCACGUGAGAAGCUACUCAAAACAAAAACAUGGGCCUUCGCUUGAAAGUCUAGCAGAGUACUAUGUGUCAGUUUUAAUGUCAUGUCACAUCCACCAAGAAAUGGAGAAAGGUUCAACUACUGUCCUAGGUUAGCUUACCUGGGACCUGUGGAUAGAACCCUCCAUAAAUCCAAGAAGUAGAUGGGAGUAGCCAGUUAUUUUUGGUUGGUUUUUAAGGAUUUUGCAUUGAGAAAGGGCUUAUAAAACGUUUACACAUUCACUCUCCUUUGAACACCUUUAAUUUAUAGAUAUGCAUGUAGCUUUAGACACUCUUGUGAAAUUGGCAGCCUUUAUUUUUUGAUAAUCCCCCUCUACAGAGAAACUACCGCAGCAGAGGGUAGAGGAGAAAAGCUUUGGUGUUAUGUGGCGAGUGAACAGAAACGGUCAGUAAGGAUUGAUUGUAUGGCGUUUUCUUUUCCGUUUAUACGGUGUGGUCGAGCCGCACGCGGAAGCCUUUUUGAAAUAGCGUUAUGAAGGAACGUAAAAGCGAGACGCACUUGCGCAGUAUACUUGGGCGGACGUGGUUGUGAUGCUCGGAUCCGUUUGUUAAACUAGCAACAAUAACUAAAAUGGAAGAGUUGGAAGACGGGUGUGUUUCUCCAUUUACGGUAAAAGGUACGUUUCCAUUAGAGUGAAUCUUUAUUUCCCAUGUACUGCAACCUGGUUAAUUGAAAACGAGUAUUGUGAUCAUAAAAUGAACUAUGAUUAAAUAUAAUUUACCGACUGUUCGAGAAAAUGCAUGUAGUUCAAAUUCCCAUCAAGACUAACAGAAGCCAUUUAGAGUCCACGCAAAACUUACUCCAGAUCUUGGAUGCAUAAGUCAUUCAUUCAGCCCAAGCACAACGUGUGGUUCAUGCUCAAAUUACCAGGCAGGCCUACUAGUACUGUUUUGACAAAUAAAAUAAAAACGUCUGCGGCUCUUUCAAACACAAGCAAAUGUAUGUUCUAGCACUCCAGUGUUCACCCCAACAUUAAAACGGAAAUGUGUGUAUUGUUUUUGAAAUAAUUAAAUCGUGACACUAUGGUAUUAUUUAAUUUUGUCACCACCCGAUCCGCCUUUCGUCCUCUUAACCGAAUGAGCUGCUACACGCACCAU